ACACUUCAAAGUUUACGAGGUUAUUACUGCUGUUCGGAAUUGAAGAAAUAUUAAAUUUCUAUAAAAUAUAAUUCGUUCGAUUCGCUUCGUUAUAUAUAUCGAAAUAUUGGUAUGGAAAUUAGUUAUUAUUUUAGUAUUAUUUCCUUAACAUACACCUAGUUCCGUUCGAUAUAUCUACACAGGUGUUCUUAUAUGCAGAACUGGUAUAUAAACAAAUUAACCCAAUUCUAUAUUAAAAAAACUCAAGUAUGUUUAAUUUUAAUCUAAAUCUUUAGAAGCUUGGCCAAGAUGGCAAGCAAAGAACUCGAGAUAAUUAUUGAUCAUCAUUAGGGGUAGACGUCAUGCUGGUCGAGCGAGAGCCUGCAUCGAAAUAAUUUUUAGUUAUUUUGGAGCGAGAGCUCGCGUUGAUGUCACACACAUCGCGCGCGACCGUAUAAGCCGCAAGAGCCACAUAAGCUGGAGCCAUAUAAACUGGAACCUUAUAAGCCACCAUCACCACCUUGUCACUUCCAGCUGGUGACCAAAUUUUAAAUCGAGUUCUUCCAUGUUUUUGAAGGGUCGUUAGCCGUCAGUGUCUGCGGCAUCAGUCGUCGUAAGCACACCAUCAGUUUGUUAUGGGUCAUUCUCCCUGUUUCUUUCCAUGAGGAAGGCCUGUACUUCAGCAGUGGAAAUAUCAACAGGCUAAUGAUUUAAUCUUUACUAAAACGACUGUUUGCUUACGUUAAGCUUUAUUCAGUCCUUAUAUGAAAAGAGAUUAAUUAUACAAAUAACCAGUUGUUUUCCCGCGAUUUUGUCCGCGUAAAUUAUGGCCUAUGUGAAAGAAUUUUCAUGAUCGGAUCAGUGUAUCCGAUGAUUACCCUCUACAAACAAACAAACAAAGUUAGAAACUUUCCUUCCUUAUUUAUUAGUGUAGUAUUAGUCAAAAUCCUUAACUCGAAUAUGUUACCACCAAUACCUCGUACCCUUGAGCUGUUCGUGGAGUCGUUGCUGAGCAAGGCGAUGCAAGUGACGAUGGCAAGGAAUGCGCGGACCCUCAGCCCCUCUCACGUGAAGCAGUGCAUCCUUGCAGAGUCGCGAUUUGACUUCCUUCGAGAUUUGGUCAAGAAUAUUCCAGAUGUUUCAGCAGCUGAAGAAAAGGAAACGAUGAGUGCAGAAAAUUCCCCAAAUACGUCGAGAUUUCCCGAAGCCCCAGCUCCACCUAGAAGGGUAGUCAGAGAAGACUCGAAUAGCUCAAGCAGUUCCGACGUCAGAGUACAGCCGAUCAGCGCCACAGUUCGAGAUAAGCUAAUUAGGGCAUUAUCAGCCGACACUGAACCAAGACCUCACAGAACCGAGACUGUGACCUCCACAGUCUUAUCAUUAGAUACUGCCAUGGACUUAACCAAGAGAUCUGCAGAGGCAAGACCAGUGCGAACAGCCAAUUUCUACCAAGAGACUUUGCUAACUGAUGAUGUGCAACACAGAAGCGUCAUAACAGUGAAUCCCACGUACGCUAGCCCACAACCUUCAACUAGCUACACGAAUUUAACUCCUGUGGAACCGGUCCACAAGAUAGAAAUCGCAGUGCCAAAACAAGAUUACUACGUAGACAUGAAAGCUGCUCCUGUGACACCUAGGACACCGGUUACACCAAUUUUAAAUAUAGAUUUCACUAAAAACUUAGCGAAACCUGAGAUAAAGGUCUUAGACAAUACAGUUGCUAGUAUGGUUGGUGUACAAAAAGAGACUGCCAAGAGUAACGUGAAAUUAAAUAGACAGAAUUCGAAGGUGAAGUCUGAAAGUAGAAAAGUGGAUUUGAAACCGCCGUUACCGCAAAUGCGACCUAUCGAUAUAGAUCAUUUGAAUUCGGGCAAUCUACAAAUAGACGAGGACUAUGAUACCUGAAUUAUUUUUAACGUCAUUUAAUGUGUUUUGUAAUUAUAUUUUUUACCAGCACAAGAUUUGUUAUUCAAAUUAUUGUUUGGUUUGUGCUCGUAAUGAGUUUUGUUAUUAUUUGUGUUUAAAUUAAUUGUUAGUUUUCAUUUAUGUUUCGUAAACAAUUUUUAAUCGAGUAAUUAUCCUACGUUUGAAUGAUAUGAUUCGUCGUGCGAUGGUUCAGUGAGUAUACUGAUAUAUCGCACGAUGUCGGUAUCAUCAAGGCAAUGGAGCACCAUUUCAACAACAAAUAGAAAUAGCAUUGACAAACAAAAAUAACUUAUUUUCAAUUAGAACUUCAACUGUGACUUUAAUUCGUCGUGCGACGAAAUCGCAUCAUUUGUUCGUACGAUUAUAAACAAUUAAGACAAGUUCUUAAGGAGCAUUUAGAACGCAAUAACUUUCGCGUGACCGUUGUAAAUUACAUACUAGAUUCAAAUUUUCCGCAACUAUUGGCGCGGUCGAGGCGAAAAUAGUCUUGCAACUACCGCGUGGUGGCAGCGUACAAUAUGAAAUUUCAACUCUACUAGUCGAUAGAUGAAGAAUGUCACGAAAUUAAAUUUCGCAGCCAUAAGGCGGCAGCCGCAUGUCUCCACAUCAUAUUAUCAUGCGCAAAAUAGUUCUCAUAUAAAUGCAGCCUUAACGAUAUGUCUCUAAUUUCUAAUGUCACUGUAUCUUUGUGUAUUGUCUAUGAAUAAAAAAGAUAUCCCAGUAAUUGUAAACAGAAAUGUUCUUCUCGCAUGAUAGUCAAAUCAAAGUUAUGUUCAAUUUGUGUUUGUAUUUAUUCAACAUAAUUUAUUAAUUUUAUGAGGUGGAAAAACCGAAAUAGUAGUGAAAUGAGAAGAAAUUUUAUAUGUGUACAUACAUCUUCAUUGACUUUAGAAACUAAACGUUUUCAUAAACACAAAUACAAAUUAGUUUUUAUCAUAUCAUAAUUACAAUUAAACUGUCUUCGAUUUUGGGAUUUGAAAACUGUUAUAUUAAAUGAUACCGGAAAGAUGAAACGGUUUGUAAUUUAUUUGACAAUAGAGAAUUGCUCGCUACCGUGAUUUUCGACAGAACAUAUUUGUAUUUGAUGUCCAUACAUCAUCUAUCCAGUAUUGGCUGGUUGACAGUUUUAAGAAACAAAUUAAAACUUCAAAUUGAUCAUAU